GAACGUCUUUUCUCCCCCAUCCUUCCCUCUUCUUCCCUCCUCUCCCUCACGCGGAGAGCGCGCGAGAUCCGGCGAUCCGAACCGAUGAAUGCGCCGUCGACGGCGGUGGGCCUUAGCUCGGCGGAUCGCCACGUCCUGACCGCGGUCAGCGUGGGCGCAGCAGCGCUCUCGCUCGCGGGGUCGGCCUUCAUCGUCCUCUGCUACCUCCUUUUCAAGGAGCUCCACAAGUUCUCCUUCAAGCUCGUCUUCUUCCUCGCCCUCUCCGAUGUGUUUUGCAGUUUCUUCACCAUUGUUGGGGAUCCAUCUAAUAGAUUCUUUUGCUAUGCUCAAGACUACAGUGUACAUUUCUUUUGCGUGGCUUCAUUCUUGUGGACAACAACCAUUGCAUUUACUCUUCAUCGCACUGUUGUGAAACACAAAACAGAUGUGGAAGAUUAUGGAUCAGUCUUUCACUUGUAUGUUUGGGGUACUUCGCUUGCUACGACUGUAAUACGUUCGAUAGGCAGUGAUUAUGGACGACCAGGGGCAUGGUGUUGGACUGAGCCUGCUCGAAGUGGGAAGGUAGCUCACCUAAUAACUUUUUAUGUGCCAUUAUGGAGUGCUAUACUUUACAAUGGGUUUACAUACUUUCAAGUGAAUCGCACGCUAAGCAAUGCAACACGGAUGGCGGUGGCCUUGUCCGAGCAACCAAACCAAUCUGACAUGAGGGCAGAAAAGAAGGCAUUCAAUAGGUGGGGCUACUAUCCUUUGAUUCUGAUAGGAUCUUGGUCGUUUGCAACAAUCAACCGUCUCUAUGACUUCAUUAGUCCAGACCACAAGAUCUUUUGGCUUUCGUUCCUUGAUGUCGGGUUUGCUGGACUUAUGGGACUGUUUAAUUCAAUUGCUUAUGGUCUUAACUCAUCUGUACGACGAGCGGUCACCGAAAGAAUUGAAUUAUGGAUUCCCGAGAAAUAUAGAAGGUGGCUUCCGGUUUCUUCAAAGCUAAGAAGUCGACAACCAGAAAGUGAGCUCACUUCACUAAUAGUUGCAAGCCAGCAGUAACUAUGGUCUGCUGUAUUUUGGUCCUCCAGUGUACUUGCUUCCUCAUAGAAGAGCCACGAGGAUUGGAAGUAUCAUAGCUAUUGGCAAAACUGCUUUUUUUUACUCGAGUUGCCCAUUCCAGUGACAUCCUUUACCCAAAAUCAGUAGCAUGCUACGCAAUUACACAUCAGAGAUUUUUUCAGCUUCGCCAUUUCCGAAACUUCUUAUCACUCGCAGCUCACGAGAACGAUUCGGUCUGCCUAGGUGGUAGGCAUCGAUGAGGUCCCUACAUAUAAGCCUCGGAGAAUCUAAGGAGUGAUGGGAAAUUCAUAAAUGCAAGUAAACAGAAGAUAAGCAUGUGAGGCUAAGCUUGUGCAUCAAAAUUUAUCAGUGUCGAUAUUCUUUUAUUUUGGUUUUUUUGUAUCAUUACCGGAACAUCACGAGUUACUGAUGCUUCUUCAUGCUCUGGGAUUCGGGAUUUAUUGAUCCAGCUAUGGUACUCUGAUUGUGAUGACAUAUGUUGAUAGUGAAUAUCAUCAGAUCAAUUGUUUUUUAGUAACU